AUGGAGUCUGGAAUUGAAGCGGGAGUACUUCCAACGGUCACUGGAUCACUCGCAUCAGCCCGAGACUCACUGGGUUCGCUCUCGAGAGCCGCGGAGCCUCUUUACGAUACAGACCAUACAGAUCUCGGUUCGGAGUUGGACGAAGCGGAAAUUAGAAGAGAGUUGAUGCACGAUAAAUGGCGUCUCCUGUUCGAUAGAUUUGAUCCGGAGGGCUUCGGCGAGAUUCCGUGGCCAGACUUCCUACAGACUCUUCAACAUCCUGAUUUUAUAGCGCAGGUGCAACCCCACAAGCGUGAGAUACUGUUAGAUAAAGCCCGUAGUGCGACGAGUCCAGCAAUCACUUUUCAAGAAUUCGUAAAUGUGAUGAGCGGCAAGCGCACACGUAGCUAUAGAUGCGCAGUACACCAGAGAGACCGUGAGGUCAGCUCUGAAAACGACUUCCAUCUUAUAUUAGAAGAUCCUACACUUUUUGCAAGAAUGGUGCACCUUGUGGCUAUGGAGGUACUCCCGGAGGAGCGGGACCGCAAAUACUACCAAGAGCGGUACACAUGCUGUCCACCCCCCUUCUUCAUAAUCUGCGUGACGUUGCUAGAGCUAGGAGUGUUCGCGUGGUACGCGUGGGGCGCGGGCGGCGUGGCGGCGGCGGCGGGUCCCGUGCCUGUGGACUCGCCGCUCGUGUUCCGUCCCGAUCGCCGCCGCGAGCUGUGGCGCUUCCUCACCUAUAGCGUGGUGCACGCUGGCUGGCUGCAUCUCGCGUUUAAUCUUCUUGUACAAUUGGCGGUGGGCCUACCGCUGGAGAUGGUGCACGGCGCGCUGCGCUGCGGGGCGGUAUACCUAGCGGGAGUGUUGGGCGGGUCGCUAGCAGCGUCGGUGCUGGACCCCGACGUGUGCCUGGCGGGCGCGUCGGGCGGCGUGUACGCGCUGCUGGCGGCGCACCUCGCCAACGCGCUACUCAACUUCCACGCCAUGCGCUACGGCGCAGUGAGACUCGUCGCCGCCCUCGCCGUUGCGUCGUGUGACGUCGGCUUCGCGGUACACGCCCGAUACACUAAGGUGAGUUUAGGUUACGCUUCAGACGAUACGUCAGACCUCAGAUCCUCGAUGGCGCCGCCGGUGUCGUACGCGGCGCACGUGGCGGGCGCUCUGGCCGGGCUCACCAUCGGGCUGCUGGUACUGAAGCAUGCGCAGCAGCGGCUGUGGGAGCGCCUGCUGUGGUGGGCGGCGCUGGGCGCGUACGCGGCGUGCACGCUGUUCGCGGUGCUGUACAACGUGUUCAGCGCGCCCGUGGACGAGCUGCACUACAUGCCGCCCGACCCGCCGCCCGACGCCGGCUUCUGACUGCUCGGGCCCGCCCGCCACCGGUAGGCUUCGACGCGCUCGCUCCGCCCGCUGACAGUGCUGUACGAGAUGUACUACGACCUCUUCCGGCCUGGCUCACAAACCGCGCUAUAUGAAUAGCGAGCUCCGAGUAUUCGUAGAGCGCUCUGUUACUCCUAGUCGAAGCCUAACAUUACAGUCACGUCAGUGUGACCGACUCACAACACGCCUAGUCAAUUUACCUUAGUGUGAUACGCGAUAAGUAGCAUUAUUUGAGGAGGCCCGAGAGCUCGAUGUCGAGUACCGACGUACGCCCGUUUUAGUAAAGAUUUAUGAAUCUUUGUUAAUUUUAUCGUACACUCUCUGCGUUUUCGAGAGAUAGUUUGUACCGUUUCAAUGUUUUGCACUGUUAUUUCCUAACGAGGCCUCCUCGCUAUACUUAAUUGUUAAGUAGUCUUAAUUGUAUUGGAUAGGUGAACUAUUUUUGUACCUACUAUCUGCGUCCGUAGUAUAUAGGUUGAAGGCGUUACCGCAACACAGUAUAAUAUGUUCCGUGUGGACUGACAACUCGACCAAAUGCCGUGUCUAUUUAAUUAUAGGUGUUUUAUACAUACAUAGGUGAAUAUUGAUUUAUAUAAUAAUACCGUUGAACUAGGCAUUUUGUUGAGCGUCAGCGUUGUUAUGCCCAGCACACCAAAGAUUAGAAUAAAACGCGUCCAUGCUUCGAAUAUGAAAAUUUCUUACGUUCUGUAGAAUUAAAUCAAAACUGUUUUAUAUCAACGAAAUUUGCUUCAAUUAAUUGCUCAUUGAAAGAGAAAUGCUUUAUGAAUGUUGAAUAUGCUUAUGUUGUCUGAUUGCUCAAUUGCAAUGAUUAUAUUAAUCUGAAAUAAGGAUGCUCAAAAGUGAGUUUUUGUUUUACGUGAUCUUUUGUUAUGUUCGCUGCAAUGUCUGAACUUCCCAAGUGAAUUCGUCCACGUGCAAGUACUCUCUGUACCAUCACGGUAUAUCGCUUCAAUGUUUUAAUGAAUAUGUUACUACUCAUUAGUAAAUAAAUAAUUUAUAUAAUGUGCCUGAUUCCUAUUAAUGUAAAAUUAAUUGUAUAAUUUUAAUAUGAAUCAAAUAAUGUCACGAACCGACUGAUUUUUUUGUAUAAAUUAUUACAGAGUGUUUUCAUUUAAUUUAUUUUAAAUUUAUUUUAAGUGUGAAUCGAGAUAAUUAUAAUUAUG